UAUUCUACGAUCACAUUUUACAUGAAUUGUGUUUAGUUUUAUUAAAUUUUACAGAAUUUUCAGAUUUCAGCUAAAUAAAUUGAAGCACGGUGACACAUAACAAUGGAACUAUCAAAAGAUGUUAUCGAAGGCUUUGCAAACAUCUCAAAUGUAAACAUGAUCACUGAAGAUAAUUUCCUGCAGAUCUUAGAUGCUGUCGUUUCUCAUUUACAAGCAAAUCCUAUAGAAACAAGUUGCAUUGUCAAGUCAGCAGACUCCAAAGCAAUCUUGACAAAGAAGAUCUUCACAGAUGUUUCAUGUUUAUUCAUAGAAGCAGCUCAGCACGAUUUAGAUGAAGAGAGUUUAAAAAAUCUGCUGUGCCAAACAUGUACCAAUGAACAAAGAAGAAAUAAACUGUGUGAAGCAUAUAUUAAUAAUAAGAAAACUAUACAGUCUCAAUUGGAAUCCAUAAGUAGUAAUCCACCACACAUUGUUGAUGUAGACUGGCAUCUGGAUUACCGUGUGAAGCUGGACACAUGUAACUCGCUGGGUGUUCCUCUGUAUCAUGUACGGCUUAGUACUAAGGAACAUGAGAGAAUAAAUUAUGUGACAUUCUCAUGUACGAUACAGCAGCUGCAAGAGUUAGUGUUUAAGCUUAAGGACGCUAUCAGAUACUCAGAGAAACUAACUAAUGUGUAACUCCGUAUAAUAGAGUUUAUGAUUUCUGCUAUGGUAUUCACUCAAAUACAGCAUAGGCAUGUAUGAUGUCUUAAGAUCGCGAUAGUAGUACUUUUAUUGGUGCAAUUACUGUGAAUUUGAAUAAAUAAUUGCGUGUAAAUAACACUGUCCGACAAAUUUUAACUUUCAACAUUCUUAUGACUUUUAAUGUGCUCGAUAUGAAUUGGAAAAUCAUCCGAAUUUUUGAGGAAUUGAAAAUUUAAGAUUACUAGUUAUUGAAACACAAAAUUAGUUUAGACAGUGUAAUCGCCAGUACGCAGCUUACGACAUUAUACAUGCAAAGCGUGAACAUUUACACAAGAGAGUUAUCAUAGUAAUCGUUUAAUAAUAAAUUCAAUUUUAUGCAUAUAAGUGUAAUGGUAAAAUCUUCUUACAAACAACAGACUGUGUAAAGUAUAAUCAACUAUAUUUUUCUUCUCAUAAUUAAAACAUUCCCUACUUGA